AUGCUCAGCGAGAAAGCCAAAGGGAAGCAGCGUGAAAUAGACCCGCCCCUUGAGCAGCCCUCAUCCUCGACACCGCCAGAUGAUUCCAGAGACCUUACGAUCCGGUUUACUGAGGGUAUCCCCGACUUUAAACUCACCGUCAGUCUGAAGGACACAGUCAGGGAUGUUAAAGCUAAUAUAGUCAAUGGUCUCCCCCAACUGAAAGACCGUCGGCUUCGUCUCAUACAUGCUGGGCGCCUGCUGACGGACGGAACAUUCCUUCACGAAUGGCUGACAACCCUCGAGGAGCGACAAGUCCGUGCCACUUCCCGUUCUGAAGAGCUUUUAAAGGAUGAUCAACUGGUGACGUGGUUGCAUUGUUCUGUUGGCCCCGUGAUCGAGCCUGGAGAGAGCGAAGAGGAGAAACCACAAGUUGCUCAAUUGCAACCACUGAGGGGAUUUGACAGGCUUGCUGCUGCAGGAUUCUCUGAAGAUGACAUUGCAAAUUUCAGGCGGCAGUUUCAUAGUCAAUCGUCAUCAAAUUAUCUUGACAUUGAGUUUGAGAACGAAGAAGACUAUGAUGAACAUGCGCGAGCUCUCGAAGAACAAUGGAUAGACUCCAUGGAUAACGUCAACACAGCCUCCCUUUCUUCUGCUUCCUCACAAAGUCUCAUUCUCCGCGGGAUUGUCAUUGGGUUUUUCUUCCCGAUCAUACCAUUUUUCUUCUUACGUGAAACGAAAGCCGCAGUUUUUUGGGAAGAGGGUGAGCACGAGAGUGGGGAGAGUGUCAUAUUUUCACGGCGCACACAAGUAGGAAUUGUUUUUGGAUUUUUAGUAAAUUUGCUCUUCGGGAUGUGGAGAUAUUUGCUGGACACAUCGUAG